AUGUCUCUCAAUGCGCAAGUGCAUUCGCAUAUCUGUGAUAUUAUAGACAAAGCCUGCGAAGACCAAAAGACCGGUAUUCCCGGAACCACAGUCGUGGUCGUCGGCAAAGAUGGCAAUGAACUAUUCGCCCAUUCUGCGGGCAAGCGAGGCACGUCAUCCAAAGACCCUAUGACCUUGGACAACAUCUUCUGGAUUGCAUCUUGCACUAAGAUGCUGGUUGGUGUUGCUUGCAUGCAAUUGGUUGAGCAGGGUAUUCUCAAGCUGGAUGAUGCAGAGCAGACGGAGAGUCUUUGCCCUGAAUUGAAGGGUCUCCAGGUUCUGCUGCCAGAUGGUAGUUUUGAGGAGAAGAAGCAUGGAAUUACCCUGCGUAUGCUGUUAACCCAUACUGCCGGAUUCGGGUAUUCAUUCUUCAACGAAAGAUUGAGGCAGUGGUCGUACCCGGUUGGCAUGGAUGAGUUCUCUGGGAGGAUUGAAGAUAUGAAGAUACCUCUGCUAUUCCAACCUGGUGAAGGUUGGGAAUAUGGUGUCGGUAUCGACUGGGCGGGGAUCGCACUGCAACGCGCAACUGGUCUGACCCUCAACGACUACCUGCAAAAGAACAUCUUUCUGCCCCUUGGCAUCAAGGACAUGUCCAUGAUCCCAAGUCACGACAUGCGCCAGAGGCUGGCGUACAUGAAUGCUCGAAGCCCUGAUGGCACCCUGAGGCCCCGAGACCAUCCUCUUCGGGCGCCUCUGGUUGUUGACCCGGAGAACGAGGCUGAAGUCGCCAGAGUGUUUAACAGCGGCGGUGCGGGUGUAUUUGCCAAACCGCAGGAAUAUUGUAAGGUCCUCGCUGUGCUGCUAAACGAUGGAACGUGCCCUAGAACGGGCAGCAAGUUGCUUCGCAAGGAGACCGUGGACGAAAUGUUCUCUAACCAGAUCCCACGGUUCCCCAACUACAGCCGUCAAAGCAUUCCAGCUGCCAAACCGGACCUGACCAACCCCAUUGCUGAGCAAUACCCAGUUCCCGGGAACCCACCACAGGGUUGGGGCCUCACUUUCAUGUUGAGCAAUGGCGGUGUGACUGGGCGGUCGACUAGCACAGGGCACUGGGCUGGCCUGCCGAACUUGUGGUGGUGGGCGGACAGGGAGAAGGGUGUUGCGGGCAUGGUGUGUACACAGAUUCUGCCAUUUGCGGACGUCAAGGUGAUUGAGCUGUGGGUAGCAGUUGAGGCUGAGAUUUACAAAGCCCUCAGUGAGGCUUGA